AUGGUGAAGGUUGCUAUUAUUACAUACUCGAUGUAUGGACACAUCAAUUCCUUGGCUGAAAAGGUCAAGGAAGGUGUGGAAAAGGCUGGUGGUAAGGCUACAAUUUUCAGAGUUGAAGAGACUUUGCCAGCUGAAAUUUUGGAGUCGCUUUCAGCUCCUCCAAAGGCUGAUUAUCCAAUUGCAACUCUGCAAACUUUGGAGGAAUAUGAUGCUUUCUUGUUUGGUAUUCCAACAAGACUUGGUACGAUUCCUUCGCAAUGGAGUGCUUUCUGGGAUUCUACCGGUGGUCUAUGGCAAAAGGGUGCAUUGUACGGUAAGCCAGCCGGUAUUUUUGUUAGUACUGGUUCAUGCGGUGGUGGACAAGAAACUACUGUGAAGAACUCAUUGUCGUACUUGGUGCACCACGGUAUGGUUUUCGUGCCAUUGGGUUACAAGAAUGCGUUUGCUGAGUUGUCUAAUGUGGAGGAAAUCCACGGUGGUUCUGCUUGGGGUGCCGGUGUGAUUGCUUCUUCUGAUGGUUCUAGAGCAGCUUCUGAUUUGGAAUUGAAGGUUGCUGAGGUGCAAGGGUCUACUUUCUACGAGACUGCCAAGAAGCUUGUCAAGAAGUCGUCCAAGCCAGCUGCCGCCGAUGGUGCUGCUGCUACUGAAAAGCCAGCCGCUGGUGCUUCCAAGCCAGCUGCUAGAAAGACCGAGAAGCCAGCUGCCAAGGAAUCCAAGAAGGACUCUUGUUGUACUAUUAUGUGA